AACGUCAAAAAUGAUGGCUUCGGGCUUCCUUCUCCGUAGCUGGCAGAAGUUUAUUGUGGAAGGAUUGCUGAAAUAAGAUUAAAUUUGCCAGAUUGUUAUUGUAUUGUUUAUACAAAUCAGCGUCUGGAAUUGUGUUCAUUUAUUUUUAUAGAUAUUAUCGAAUCCGCGACAGUAGUUUAGAAAAAUGAGCAGCAGCAGCAGUGGCGAUGAAAACGAAGGUCCUCACAAGCGAAAACGUAAAGUACGUCGACUACCGGAUAGCCCUAGUAAUACUUCAAGCGGAAGCCCUAUUAUUGGGGCCUCGACUUCCAGAACUAGACGAAACUUGCCUGCACGCCAAUUCACCAAAUCAGAUUCGGACAGUUCAGAUUCUGAUGUGUUUGUUAGACGGAAAAAAAUUCCAAAAGUGGACUUUUCGAGCGACUCAUCCUCAUCUACAUUUUAUCGAAGAAAACCGAACGGCCCCUUUAGGUUUUUUUCCUCAGAUGAAAGUGAGGAUUCUGAUAGGCCAAUAGGAGUUAAAAAACCGGACAGGUUAGUAAUUACUUCAGACCUUGAAGAUAGCCAAUGGGAGACGGAAUCAAAUUCUGACGAUGAGAUUCAAGGUUCUUGUAAAGCAAAUGCUUCAGUAUUAGCAGAAGGUGCAGCAAUAGAUUCGGAUUGUAGUGAUGGACAAUCGGAAAAAUGUCCCAUUUGUCUUGUCAGAUUUAAAUUACAGAAGGUAGGGGUUCCAGAAAAUUGUGGCCACAAAUUUUGUUUGGAAUGUAUACUGGAAUGGUCCAAAACCGUAAACACAUGCCCAGUUGAUAGAAAAGAGUAUAACGCAAUUACUGCCAGGUCAGGUCUAAAUGAAAAAGUAUUGAAAACUAUCCCGGUGGACACCCCAGUAGCGCAACACUUUGAUGAAAUAAUCGACGGUUUUGACGAGCAAAUAAUUUGUAUUAUUUGUGGUUCUGGUCAAAAUGAAGAUAGACUUUUACUUUGUGAUGGAUGCGAUUUGGGUUAUCACUUGUACUGCCUCACGCCGCCUCUCUCUGAAGUACCCAAUGAUCCUUGGUUCUGCGAAAUAUGUCGUUCCGCAGAUGAACCUUCUCUAGUGGACUUGCUGGAAGAUGGAGAGGAUGAAGUACCAAGACUUUACAGAAUCGCAACUGUUAGAUUAAUACCGAGGACAAGACAAUCGGAGCGAGUGAGGAGGCUAGUGCAAAACAACAGAAAUCAAAGGCAACAUCAAACAGUUAACGAAAAUUCUCCUUCAACCUCGAGAGGCCGCGUAAAUUCCAGUCGAGUCUCCAGUACCAGUACUAGAAAACCGAAGAAAAAAUCAAGAAAAAGGAAAACGGUGACUAGAUACACGACAGUUUGGGAGUUAGAUCGGAACGGAGAGGCAGUGCCUGUACAGAAAAAAGUCAAAUCUAGAAAACGGAAAUCAAAAAAGAAGCAGCGACGACCAUCUACUGCUCAGAAAUCAGUUAAAAAUCGUUUGGCGUCUCAAUUGGGAAUGUGCGCUCCAAGAAAUACAAGUCAAAUUUUGCCUGACGUUCGACCUUCUGGCAAUAGUUCAAAUAACAUUGGACAUAGGCGUCAUCAAGCUGGUAUCCCGGCUCUUGAUUUAGUCGGUAGCGUCAAUCGUUUAGACUAUUUUUCUCAAUCGGAAGACGAAGUUCUACCUAGUGAAGGCAUCCAUACACUAUUAGCCAGAAGAGCACCAAAUCCAUUAGACAUUAUGAAUUUGAGAAGAGUUGCCAGAAGAAAAGCGGCAGUAGUCGGGGAUAUUCCUACAGUUUCAAGCUCAACAGAUAUACUUGAUAGUAUAAUGGAUUCACAAGAGAGAUUUUUAUCAAAAAAUUCAAUUCUAUCAGUUGUCGACUCAUCGGGUAAAUUACAAAUCGACAGCAAAAAGAAAGAACCAUCAAUUAACAAUAACACUCCCAGUAAACCUGAUUUUAACUCAUACUCCGUAAGAGAAACACCUUGGAAUAACGGAAGAAACUCCGGCAGUUAUAGACCUUACAACAACAGAAACAACUGGUCAAAUAACAGAAACAAUUGGCAAAAUAACUCUUAUCAAGGCAGAUACGGGCAAUCAAACAAUUACAAUAAUUACAACAAUGAUGGCAACAAUUAUACAAACAACUAUGGACCAAACAACGUACAAGGACAGGAUCAGUUGUACAACGACACGCCACAAGACUACACUCAAAGAACGCUUUCAGAAACAGAAACUGCACAAGAAGAAGAAGAAGAAGAAGAAGAGGAAGAAGAACAAGUUGCAGAAAGCAGUAAUGCUGCUGCUGCUGCUGCCGAUGACGGAGAUGUCGACAUUUACGGUGACAUUGAAAUGGUGUCAACAAGUAAAGUAGAAGAUGAUUUUCCAUUUACAUCACCUACAGUAGCCGAAAUUCCUAACUUAGUAACUAACACGAACACAGACGACGAUAAUGAUUCAGAAUCUGGCAUGGUUAUCGAUACCGAUCCAGUUUCAUCUACAGUACAAGUCUACAGUCCAGCGCAACCCACGGAUAGUCCUGAUGAACAAAGCGUUGACGAUCCGCAAAGCGUUGCUUUAGAAUUUGAUCAGCUUACGAGAGAACUUUCGUCAGGUUUCAAUGCUCUGCAGGAAAUGGAAAAGGAAUUUGCUACUGGUUUGAAACAAUUUGAACCAUUGAUGAGUAGCUCAGAACCCACAAGUGAAAUUCCAAUUACCGAUCCAGAAAUUACUGACGAUAUUCCAGUUCCUGAUGAGGUGUCAGCUGAAACAAUUCCUAUGCCUAUUGAUCAACCGCAACAAAGUAGUUUUACUUUUAGAUCUAAUCGAGGAUCUACUGAGAAAGUUCACGAUGACGAUGAUACAUCAAAUGAUGAAUGCCCAAACUUUAGCAUAUAUUCUAAAGAAAGUAAAUCAGUAGCUUUACAUACUGAUACAAAUUUAAUAACCGAAUCGUCUGAGAAACCUGAAGAAAUCGAUCCUAUAACAGAUGAAUCGGCGCCCUCGAGUCCUCAACCUCAAAAAGUUACUGUCGAAAAAACAGGAUCAGAUCCAAGACUUAUGUUAAGGAGCAGUAGUUGGAAUUUGGGAGCUCUAUACAGUGACUCAGAAGACGAAAGUGUUGUGAAAAAAACAAGUUCGUUUGCAGUUAACGAUAUUAAAGACAUGACGGAGGAUAUUUUAAGUGAAGAAGAUCAAGAACGUAGUUACACGCCUGUUUUGGACGAACGUAGCGAUAAAAAAGAAGGCCUUGAAGGUCUCGACACCGAAAUGAUAUCUGACGACGACCGAAACGAUUUUGACGAGGCUCACGAGUUGAAAACGGUCUCUGACGGAGAUGCAUUGGAGAUUAAUGCUAAAGAAUCUGAGCUUGAAUUCACUAGGCCGGAGGAUUUUGAGGAAGGAGAAAUUAUGAAUAAAAAUAAAGAAAAAGAAAAAAUUGUUGAUGCUGGUGGUGAAUCUCCAUCAAAGACUCCCGAAAUAAAAUCAAAAAAAGAUAAAGAAAAGAGUGAUAGUAAAAAAGGCGAUAAAGACACUAAAAAGAAAAAGAAAGGUAAGAACAAAGAAGGUUCGGAAGCUGAUAGCGCAAACAAGGAAAAUAUGAAUAAAGAAUCUUUCAAAAAACUAACUAAAAACACUAAAGAAAGAAAUUACCGGGAUAAAGAUAAGAAAAAAGAUUCACGUGAACGUUCACGUUCAAAAACACCAGAAAUCACAGAAAGCGAGAAAGACAACAAAAAGAAACGAGAAAAACGUAAAGAGUUGGAAAGGUACAAUGUCCGUGCUUUGAUAGCUGACAAACCAAGACAGCCACCUAAAGAUCAGUUUGGGCGUGAUCUGAGACGUACACCUUCAAGAUCUAGAAGUCGCUCCUACACACCACCUUUACCCCAAACAUCACCUUCAAGAAGAAGACGUACACCUUCUCCAGUUCGAGCGCCAAGUCCAGCCACUAAAAGAAAAUCUAGAUCUCGCACAAAAACACCUCCAAGACGAAGAUCCACAUCUAAACGACGUUCAAAAUCUAGAAGUAAAACUAAUAAAAGAAAGGGACGUUCAACGUCAAGAUCAGGUGGUCGAAAACGGGAUAGAUCUAAGACUAAAAAACGAAAAAGGUCCGUCAGUAGAAACAAAAGGAAAAAGUCUAAAGAUAAAAGCAAAAAAAGACAAAGACGUAGCACAAGUCGUAGAAGAUCGCGUAGUCCACGUGGACGAUCAGUUACACCAAGAAGAGACCGCAGAGAAUGGACUCCAUCUCUAUCCAGAUCUGUCACUCCAGAUGUGCGUCAUAAUAUGUCACCCUCAUGGACACCACCGCCUGAAGAAGAUGCAGACACAUUGAGAAAUCAAAAUGUUACAGUAAUACUUAACAAUGAUGCCACGAGAAAGAGAAAAGAAAAACGAAAUAGGGACAGAAGGAGGCGAAAAGAUGAACCACCUACGUUAAAAAGACGACGAAGAGAACGAGAACGUACUCCACCACCUUCAAAAGAAGUGUUUGCUUCGGGCGAUAAUAUUUUAGUGAGCGUUAGCUUUAACAAUGAAAAUGAAACUAGGGAUGUUAGUACACGAGACAACAGAAAACGGAAAGAAGGCGAGCAAAAGAAAACCAGGGAAAGACGGAGUAAAAAUAGGAAAGAUCUGUCUGGUGUCAAACCUGUGGCAAUAAUCGAUUUGGAACGUUCCCCAUUCCAAGAAAUCGCUUCAUCGCCAAAAGACGUUAUAAUAUUGAGUGACAGCGACAAUACCCAACCAGAAGCCAGAAACAUCCAAAGCAACACAUGUGAUUCUUCACAACAAGUAGCCAGUCCAGAAGCAACACCGGAUUAUGCUAUGGGUGGUCCGAAAACACCGCCCGAACCCAGUGUCAAAUUCGCCUUGCUAUCAAAACCACCCCAAUUACGUGCAAUAAACAAUCCGUUACACGAUCCUCUGGAAACUAUUGAAGAAGUGGCAGAUGAAUUAAAUAGUUCGCAUAAAGGCCCCAAUACACCUCUGGAAGAUCCGCCCAACUCGGCUCCAAGUUCCCCAGAUGCCUACGAUCCCUUCGAACCUACAAAGAGCCGAUCGGCAACUCCCGAAGUUGAAGUCGUGUGUCAAGGUGAAGUUGGAGAUAAUCAGAAUCAAGAAGUUUCGAAUAGAGUUAGUUUGGAUUUGGAUAAAUCUGGUGGUCAAACGCCGGAUAUAAUCAAGUCUUCAACACCUCCUAUGCCAGAUAUUCAACCAGCUGAUUCACAGAGUAGUGUCCAGGAGAUAACAGAGUCGGAAUCGCCUGUAGGACUUCCUGCAAUUCAAACUCAAGUUUCAAUAAGUAAGCCUGUAGGGCAAACUAUUCCUUUCAGUUCAAUACAAACUACCCUUGCAACUUCAACUCCGGUUUCGAGUAUAAUACCAACGUCAAGAAUAAAUAUUUUGAGUUCCAUUAUUACACCAUCGAUAAUACCUACUAGAAUUGUUCAGCCCAAUCAAGUAAAGUCGAGUCCAGUGAAGAUAUUACCUACAAAAGCCGCAAUUAAGUCGACACCCAUUAAACCCAUACAAUCGAAACCUCUGAUUAGCAGUAAAAAGCCCAAUAAACAACCAAAUGGUAAUAGUAGCUUGGACGAUAUUAAUUUGGAGUUUGAUUCGCCUUAUUCUCCUGGAUCGAGUGACUAUGAGGAUUUGUUUGAGCCUCCCAUUGAACCAGCCAAACCGAAAACACUUUCAAAAACCAAACGCUCUGCGGUUAAGAAGAAUCAGUCCACCUUUGACGUCUUAUUUGGUUCUCCGACUAAUAAAAAGGGCAUGACUGCCAAUAAAAGGUCACCGGUUAAGAAAGGUGCGAAAAAAGGCUCGAAGCUUGUAGGGGUUAAAAUUGACGAGGAUAGUUUGAAGAUUUUGGAGGAUAUGCCCAAUUCGGCAGUAGAAAUGCAGGUAAAAGAUAAGUUCCUUAAGAAACUAAAUAGACAAGAACGAGUGGUGGAAGAAGUAAAAUUGGUACUCAAACCGUAUUACAAUAAGAAAAAAAUUACCAAGGACGAGUACAAAGAUAUUAUGAGACGAGCCGUACCUAAGAUUUGUCACAACAAAAACGGUGAAAUCAAUCCCUUGAAAAUCCGAAGUUUAACUGAAGCCUACGUUAAAAAACUAAAGCACAACAAAAAGGUUACUUCGUCCAGCUCGUUACCUCAAAAGGUAAUUUAGGAUUUUAGUGCAUGUAUACUUACACAUUUUAAGGAUAAAAUUUUAAAGAAAAAUAAUUGUAUAUAAUUUAGUAGUACUGACUUGAAUAAAAUGAAAUACAUCAGUAGUAUAAUUUUAAUUAUUUAUGUAUGCAUUGUAAUUAUUUGAUAAUUAUUGAUGAAUAUACUUGUGUAUAUUU